AUGGCCAAUGUGGUCGGCGAGAAGAUCGUCGGAGGCGUCAACGCGGAAGAGGGCGAGGCGCCCUUUCAGGUGCAACUCUUUCGAAAGACCUGGUCGUCGGCCUCCUUUCUCUGCGGUGGCAGUUUGAUCUCGCCAAGAACGGUGCUCUCAGCUGGACACUGCGUCACAAACUCCUACUACGGAGUCCGCUACGGCAGCAACAGCCGCCUCAAGUCGCCCUAUCCCGAGCUGAGCCUGAGGACAAUCAUUCAGCACCCGAACUUCACCCUGGCCACCGUACAGAAUGACAUUGCUCUCUUCAUACUCGAGAAUGCCAUUCAACCGGGGGCGAAUGUGCGGGCGGUUGAGCUGCACACUGAGGAGCUGGCAGAGAAGGAUAACAUGACACUGUUUGGUUUUGGCCUGGUGAAUGGAGUCGGUUUCAAGCCCGCCUUCAACCUGCAAAAGGCCGACAUGCAGAUUGUCGGUGAGAAGGAGUGCGCGGAGUUUAUUGAAAAACUGGACCUGGGCGACAGUGGCGGGCCGCUGAUUGCCAAGGAAAGUGGCCGUCAGGCUGGCGUCGUGUCAUUUGGAACACGAUUCUGCCCUGAAGGCUCCAUUAAUGUGUACACUAAAGGUACCAGUUGCAAAGUGAAC